AUGAGCUGGGAACGUAGCGGUGAUCGGCGUCGGCCAUUGUACGGGUGCGCCGCCUUCCGCUUGACGACGACCAGCCAGCUUGGAGCCCCGGCCCCACAUUCCUCGGCCGUUUACCGCGUAACCAGGAGCGAGCGGCGCGAGCAACCGAAUCAGGAAGGGGCCGCGGCCGCUGGUCGACCGCGUAUUAGUAGGAAAGUAUCGAAAGGCGGAACGGUACGAUUGAAAAAUAGAAAACGCCCGAUGCACCGACGACGCUCCACAAACACGUGCAUAUUAACACGAGAUGUUCGGAAGCCAGAGGUCUUUGCCUCCCCGCGGAAUGCGCGCCGCGUGGGCGCUGCUCCCAUACGCCUGGCUUUCCAUUCAUUUGACCAGCUCUAUCUUAUCUCGCUCAAUACGCUUACACCGACGCCUAAACGUUUCCGAGUUGCGUCAACCAAUUUGUCGAUCGGUUCACACACCGAACUUUGCAGUGCGUUAACAAAAGGAUUGGGAGCAUCCCCUUUGCUGGAUGCACAGUCGGAACUCCACUCAGCCAGAAUAGUCAACGGCUACGAAGUCGACAUAACAGAGGUUCCUUAUCAAGCUGCUCUGAGGCGCAGGGUGACGUCUGGUUGGGCCCACAUGUGCGGUGCCGUCAUCAUCAGCGCCAAGUCGUUGUUGACGGCAGCACAUUGCACUUCGAGGCAAGAACUAGCACCUUUUGUUUCCGAGCCGGGGUCAUUGCAAGCCGUUGUUGGGACGACCUAUCGGUUGUCCGGGGGCAGGAAGUAUGAUCUGUCCAAGAUCUUCAUCCACGAGCUCUACUCCUCGUUGACUUUGGAGAACGACAUCUCGUUGCUCGUCACCGCCAGGAGAAUCAACUUCAGCACGAGCGUCAGGGCGGUGAACUACGCCCGUGCCAAUAUCGAUUUGAAGGUUGGGACCGAUGCCUUGGUAUCUGGCUUCGGGAUUACGUCGUACGAGGGGUCAUCGUCCUUAGUGCUCAUGGCGGCCCGCGUGAAAAUAGUCGAGCAGGAUUACUGUGCUAGGGCCUACGUACGCAUUGCCGACAUUACAAAGGGAAUGCUGUGCGCCAAUGGAAGUAACCCACCCAGGGACGCGUGCCAAGGGGACUCUGGAGGUCCUUUGGUCGCGAACAGUACCUUAGUCGGCAUAGUAUCCUGGGGUGAGGGCUGCGCGGACUUGGUCUACCCCGGCGUGUAUACAAGAGUCUCCGUUUACAGCCAGUGGAUCGACAACUUGAUUGAACAC